GUUCAAGAUCAGCUGGGACCUCACCAGCCCUAAGUCGUACAAACUCAAAUUCAGACCUCACUCGAACAUCUUCCCUCAAGAACUUCGCCAAAGAACUGACGACGUUCGACAAGUUUGGACCUGUCAGGCGCGCGGACACCGGCGACUCUACCGCAUCUUCAUCGGGACAGUCGAACAAAUCCAAGAAGUCGAACCUCUCUCGGGUAUUGACGGCUGACCGCUAUGAUCGAGACACUCAAAGAAAUGAAGCACGGCAAGAGCAGCAGUUACGAGAGCCUGGCGCUGGAACGAACGGCGAGCCAGAUUCUCCAUCGCAUGGAGGACAAAGACUCAGAGGACUCUCUGGAAAGCACGCGGACAAGAGUACUCGCGAACGCGCGCGCGAUAUAUGGACCGAAUCGUUGUCUAGACGUGAUAAGUUUCGCUCCGACUUCCUCAAGAAAAAUUGGAGCUUGCAUCGUCGAACACAAUCCUUCGAGUAGAUCGUACGUACACUGCUGCUCUGCAAAAGAAGACUCACGUCUCAGUGCCAUGGAACACUUGCUCGUCAUCACCGAAGAUCUGCUCCAGCGACUUAUGGACGCCGAGGGCAUCACGAGUAGUGGAUGGUUGCCCGCCACGCCACAGUCACAUCAUGCAGCAACGUACGGGAGUGCUCCGGGCAGUAUAGCGGGUGGGAAUGGUAGUGUGGCAAGCAGUGUACAACCAAGUCGAAGGGGCAGUGCUCAACCACAGGACCUCCUCAUCGACUACGCGCAAGGCUCACCACAGCUGAUGCAGCAGUCACCUCAAUUUUCACCGUCCGCACAGUCGAUACCUUCGCAGACACCCUUUGUCAACGACUUCAACACGCCGUGGUCGCCUCACCACAUCCAAAAGCCCAAGCUCCCUAGAGGCAGCAGUGACACGGUGUUCCACACCACCGCCAACACUUCCAAGCCAGUCGUUCAAACGAUCCCUAGGAAUAACAGCGAUAUUAUUCAGCAGCCUAAGCCGGUGCCAAUCGGCCAGUUCCAGGGACCUGGAAGAGGCAGGGUGCAAUGGAAUCUGGGCUCUGAAGGAUAGAAGAGUCGGGUCUUGAGUCAUCGGCUGGUCGGGGUCAGAGAGACGAUUUGAUGGAUGUUACGUUUCCUUGAAUUGCUGGAGGAUGGUUGGACUUGUUGGUUAGGUUUAUUAUUAUCAACUUAAUGCUAUCAUCUUGAGCUUGAGUAUGGUUCUACCGAUCCGGCUUGCUCAAGUCCCAGCUAUGACUCACGGGUGUAUCUGAAACGAGACCGUACAACCACUGAGUUGGCAUGGCUUACUGUGAUGAUUGCUAAUCUACUUCAGUAUGAACAGUGACUUAAUUGGUGACUGAAUCCUGAUAUGGGCAAUGAUUGUGAAGCUGAAAUGUCUAGAUGAUGACUCACCAGCCUGCAAAAGACACGAUUUUCUGUAUCUUCAAAAGGAACGUGACUAUCUUCUCAGUAAUGCAACGAAGCCUAUUGAGCGUACCAUGGUUG